AUGGUGAGUCCCUCCGCUCUCGCGGAGGCGGCGCGCCGCCUCAGAGCUGUGCAGCCCCCCCUCUGGCGGCCUCUCGACGAAUUCGGGGAGGGCGGCGCGCAGAACACGGCCCAAGCGAGGUGUGCGAACGGAGACACUGCGCCUUCGCAGGCGCCAGACGAGGGCUGUCUCCCUCGUCUCGGCAUGCUGCUCGAGGCGAUUCCGACCCCGGCCUUCUCGCUCUCCACGCAGCGUGGUGUCCCCCAGUGCCUCCUCCCCCUUCUGUUGCGGAAAGACUUGAAGCAACUCAAAGUCCUCGACGUCGCGGCCGGCGAAGCGCAGCUUCUUCUCCCGCUCUACCAGCGUUGGUGGCAGACUGCGCGGGCCGCUGCGCCGCCUUCGCUCGCGUGUCCGUCUGCGGAGAGCGACGCUUCUUCUGGCGCGGCAGCGGGGAGCGGCGACCGCCGCUGCGCGCGCUGUCGCGGCGACGGAGAAGGCCAGUCGAAGACGGAGACAGCCGAGGCGUGCAACGCCUCUUCCGAUGCGGGUGCGGCUUCCAGGGAGACAUGCGACACCGCGCAGGACGCGGUGGUAACAUGCGCGCAGGGGGGCGAGCAGCAUAAAAGACGGCGACUCUCGAGCGGAGAGCUCACGGCGGCCGCUCCGGGGUGCGCCGGAGGCCCGCGACCCGCCGAGUCCUACUCUCCUUCCUCGUCUUGCCCUGAGGCGCCGCGUCUGCCGCCGGUCUGCGACCUUGCGGGCUUUGCGCUCCAUUUGAUGGCUCGAGAUCUCCAGAGUCCCAGCGGAAACAUCUUCCCAGUCAGCCAGAAGGCCGCGCAUGGCUCGCCCAGGCGCGACGGCGAUCAGCCCGACGGGCUCGCGCCCGAGGGAUCCACGCAGCCUGGCGGCGAGAAGAAGAAGCGAAAGGCCGCGCCGAAGCUGAGUGUGGGGACAACUGCGGGCCGCCAGACGCUGGACGCGCAGGGCCUCUUCUCCGUGGCUGUCGCGAUGCAGGCGCACAUGGUCACGGCGCCUGCGGAGGAGUAUGCGGAGGCCGGCGGGGGGGCAAAGGGCGACGGCGCCACGGGGGCGGGGUCGGAGGCGCCAGUCGCGCAGAAUGGACUCGCGCCCGGAUCUGCCCCAGUCGCGGGCGGAGAGGGAGAGGAGGUCCAGCGGGCUUUGUGCGCCUCGAAGAAGGAGCUUCGCAUGCUAGAGAACGCCGAGGAGAUGCUGAGAGAGACGAUCGAUGAGGCGGCGCGCCAGCUCGCGCGACGCCUGGAGGACUGUUGCAGCAGCUGCGGAGGCGCCUUGCAGCCUCCUCUCUUGGUUCACGGCGCCGUCGACGCGGCGGCGGACGCGCGCCUCUCGCCGCCCCCGCUCGUCCCCUACAUCCUCGCGAACCUCCAGGGCGGAGGCAACGUCGGGCUUCGCCGCCUCGCGGCGCAGCGCCUCGCCUCCUCACUCCUCGCGUCGGCGCCCGCGUCCUGGGUGAGUGGGCUCUCCGUGGGGGGGCUGGGGCUGAGCGAGUCUCUGGGGACGCGUCGGCGUCUAUUCCACGCGUCCCUCGCGGCGCCGCGGCUGGCGCGCGGCGAGCUGAUACGCUUCCUGCCGCUGCACCGGGGCGGGCCGCUGGAGCUGCUCCACGCCCUCUGCUGCGGCGCGGACUUCAUUCAGGGCGGCCACGCGCAAUCGCAUGCAGAGGAGGGCACGGCGUACAUCUUCGACCCCCACUGGAUUCUGGAUGCAGAGACGCCCGCGGAAGACUCUAUGGCGGAGCGAGACGCGGCGACGAAGGACUCGGCGCGAGCCGCGCGCGAGGACGCGCGGGAGGCGCAGAGACUGCUUGAAGAGGCCGCGGCGAGGGGCUUGUCAAAUGCCUUUCUCCACAUUGACUUGAAGUCGGCCGCGUACCGCGACGACUUCCGGCCACUUAUGGCAGGUUGCGGCCCCGUGGGGCGCUGCCCAGGGAAGGGAGAGGGUGCCGCGAAGGCGGAAGACGCGCAUGCAGAGACCUCGGAAUCGAGGGCCUGCAGGUGGGCGACCGUGAGCGAGACGCGAGCGUACAUACACCAUCUGUUCAACACGGCGGAGCUGAUGGGGCCGGUUUUGCUGCUGCAGCACAAUCUGCAGUGUCUCCUCGCGCUCUUUGAAGUGUUUCGUGUCUUUUUGAAGCGACGAAAACUCCGCGUCGCGGUGAUGCGCUUCCUCGAGCGCUGUUGCCAAGACGCGAACGCCACGCAGACCGAAGACGCGCAGAAAAACUGA